AUGAUGAAAAAAAAUAAACCAACAGUAGCACAAACUUUAUCACCAGAAGAAGAACAAGCAAAAUUCUUUGAAGAAGCUAAAAACAAUGUUAUGAUUCAAGGUCAUCACAUGAAAUUAUCUUUGGAUAACUCAAAAUUAAUGGAUGCACUCAAGUAUGCCUCAAACAUUAUCAAUGAACUCCGUACAAGUUUACUUUCACCAAAAUCAUAUUAUGCUCUCUAUUUAGUUGCUUUUGAUUAUCUUCAAUACUUGAAUACUUAUCUCUAUGAAGAGAAACAUGGUAAGAAAAUGAUUGAACUUUAUGAAGUUGUACAACAUGCUGGUAAUGUUUUACCAAGAUUAUAUUUAUUAAUUACAGUUGGAUCAGUUUAUAUUAAAACUAAACAAGCACCAGCAAAAGAUGUAUUAAAAGAUUUAAUUGAAAUGUGUAGAGGUGUUCAACAUCCAACAAGAGGUUUAUUUUUAAGACAUUAUCUUAGUGAAGUUACCAAAGAUAAAUUACCAGAUAUUGAUUCAUCCGUUGAGAAUGGUACAGUUAUGGAUUCAAUUGAUUUCAUCAUUCAAAAUUUCACAGAGACUAAUAAACUUUGGGUACGUAUGCAACAUCAAGCUCCAACCAAAGAUAGAGAGAGAAGAGAGAAUGAACGUUUAGAGUUAAGAUUAUUGGUCGGUAAGAAUUUAUCACGUUUAGCACAACUCGAUGGUGUUGAUCAAAAAACAUAUAGUGAAGUGGUUUUACCAAAGGUCGUAGAACAAAUCAUCAAUUGUAAGGAUAAAAUCGCUCAACAAUAUUUAAUGGAAAUCUUAAUUCAAGUAUUCCCAGAUGAAUUUCAUUUGGCUACACUCGAUAUUAUUCUUCAAACUUGUGCUCAACUUCAAUCUGGUGUUGAUGUUAAAACUAUCAUUGCUUCACUCAUUGAUAGACUUGCUAACUUUGCAACUCGUAAUGCUGAUCUUGUUCCAGAUAAUAUUAAAAUUUUCGAUAUCUUUUUCAAUAAUGUUAAAGAAAUUAUUCAAGCAAGACCAAAUAUGGAAUUACAAGAUAUUUUAGGAUUACAUGUAUCUUUAUUAAAUUUAACACUUAAAUGUUAUCCAACUAAUAAAGAUAAUGCUAAUGAAGUAUUAGGAUUAUGUCAAUCAAUUAUUGUUAAUAAGGCCAAAGAAGAUAUUAACAAACCAACAUGUGUUAAACAAAUCAUUCAAUUAUUACAAAUUCCAUUGGAUGUAUUCAAGAAUGUAUUGGUUGUAUUGAAAUUGAGUAACUAUCAACCAUUGAUUUCAUGUUUAUCAUAUAACAAUAGAAAGAAGGUUUCAUUGGAUAUUGUAAACAAUACCAUCAACAAUAGUACAAUCAUUGAAGAGCCAGAAGCAGUUAACAAUCUCUUGGAGACCAUUCAAACCUUGAUCAAGGAUGAACAAGAUCAACCAGAUAUGGAUGACAUCGAUAAGGAAGACUUCCAAGAGGAACAAAAUAAAGUCGCCUCACUCAUUCAUCUCUUUGAUAGCGAAGAUCCAGAGAAACUAUUCAAGAUUUACAUUAUUGCUCGUGGUCACUUUGGUAAAGGUGGUCCACAUCGUAUUAGACAUACUUUGGUUCCAUUGGUAUUCUGUUCUCUUCGUUUCAUUCGUAACUUUAAACAACAAGUCGAUAGUGGUGUCAUCAGUUUGGAUGAAAAUAAAUGGAUUGCAAUUGGUUCAAAGAUUUUCACCUUUGUCAGUGAAACCAUCAAAGCUUUGGCCGAUAUCAAAUUGGCCGAUCUUAGCUUUAGAUUAUACCUUCAAGCACUCCAAACCUUUGACCACUGUGGUUUGGUCUCUCGUGUCAAAGAAUUGGCCAUCAAGGCUCUCUUAAUCUUCCAAGAAGAUAUCGCCGAUUUCAAAGCUCAAGUUAUGGCCCUUCAAUUGUUAAUCUCUACUCUCAAUAGUUUAAGCAUUCCAAAUGAAGAGAUCUAUGAAUCCUUGGCCGCCCAAACCAUUAAACAAGCUUCUCGUCUUCUCUUACCACAAGAUCAAGCAAAACUCAUCUCUACUUGUUCACAUUUAUUCUGGGUUGAUAAUCCUUCUCGUCAAUAUCAAAAUCCAGACUCUGUAUUACAAGCUCUCAAAAAAGCUCUCUCCAUUAUCAGUAAUGAAUCGAGUCCUGGUCUUGGUACAUUUGUUGACAUUUUGAAUGAAUGUCUCUUCUAUUGUGAUAAAGAAACUGAUGCUGUUCCAAUUCAAUUCGUUUCAGAUUUGGUUGAAUUAAUUCGUACUACUCAUGUUAAAGAAGCUGAUCCAGCAUUACCAUAUUUACAAAAUACUAUCAAAUACAUUCAAUCUCAAAAUUAUAAAGGUAUUUCAAUUUAA